AUGGCCCCUCUACGCCUAAAGGUCGAUGGACAGUCUUUUCGAGAUCCUCACAACCGGGAGAUCAUACUAAGGGGGAUAAACGUUGCGGGUGAUGCAAAAUACCCAAAGACACCUGACGUCCCCUCAUACAUCGCCGAGGAUUUCUUUGACGGGGACAAUGUCUCAUUUGUUGGGCGGCCUUUUUCACUAGAAGAUGCCCAUGACCAUUUCAAGCGCCUUCGGAAAUGGGGUUAUAACACAAUCAGAUACAUCUUUACCUGGGAGGCCAUCGAGCAUGCAGGACCGGGAGUUUACGACCAUGAGUGGGUUGCAUUCACUAUAGAAGUUCUCCGGAUAGCCAAACAAUACAACUUCUGGGUCUUUAUGGACCCACAUCAGGAUGUGUGGUCUAGGUUCUCAGGAGGAUCUGGGGCGCCGAUGUGGACAUUGUAUGCAGCGGGACUAAACCCAAAAACUUUCAAAAAGACAGAAGCCGCCUUGGUUCAGAACACAUAUGACAUCCCCGCGGAGUUUCCCAAGAUGAUCUGGAGCACGAAUUAUACUAGACUGGUUUGUCAAACCAUGUUUACCUUGUUUUGGGCUGGGCGGGACUUUGCUCCUAAGGCGGUCAUUGACGGUAUGAACAUUCAAGACUAUCUCCAGAAGCACUUUAUCGAUGCAUGUGCAUACUUGGCACGGAGAAUUCAUGAAGCGGGUGAUCUUGAUGGCGAAGUUGUCAUUGGCUGGGAGAGUAUAAAUGAGCCUAACCGUGGUAUUAUCGGUGUGCAAGAUAUCUCGGUAAUUCCGCCUGAGCAACAGCUUCAACUUGGCACUUCACCGACAGCAUUCCAAGCAAUACUCACCGGCUCAGGCAAGGCUUGCGAGCAGACGACAUGGGCAUUUGGUAACUUUGGACCUUACAAAACUGGCAUGAACCUAGUGGAUCCAGCAGGCGAGAUAGCCUGGUUACCAGCUGACCACGAUGAUACCAAAUAUGGCUGGCAACGUGAUCCUGAAUGGAAACUUGGAGAGUGUAUAUGGGCUCAACAUGGAGUUUGGGACCCGUCUACAGACACCCUUCUACAAAAGGGUUAUUUCUCAAAGAAUCCUCGGACGGGUGAGCCACUCGAUUAUGAAAGAUUUACAAACUCGUAUUUCUUGGACCAUUACCGAGCAUUCAAAAAUGCCAUUCGAGGAAUCUGGUCCGACGCAAUAAUGUUUUGCCAGCCACCUGUGAUGGAGGUACCGCCAGAUGUCAAAGGCACUGCUGAUGAUGACACUAACAUGGUUCAUGCGAUUCAUUUCUAUGAUGGGUUAACUCUUUUGACAAAGCAUUGGAAUCGGCUCUACAAUGUGGAUGUUAUUGGUGUUCUCCGGGGCAAGUACCUCACUCCUGCCUUUGCCCUCAAGAUUGGCGAGUCGGCUAUUCGCAACUGUUUGCGUGACCAGCUUAAAUUUCUCCGUGAUGAAAGCCGAAAUUACAUGGGUAAUCAUCCGGUGGUAUUCACGGAGAUUGGUAUUCCCUAUGACAUGGACGACAAAAAUGCGUACAAGACCGGCGACUAUAGUAGCCAAACCAGCGCUAUGGACGCCAAUCAUUUUGCACUGGAGGGCAGUACUUCUAAUGGCUUCACCCUCUGGGUAUAUGCCGCACAAAACGACCACGAAUGGGGUGAUCAAUGGAAUGGAGAGGACCUGUCUAUUAAUUCCCGCGACGAUCUAGAACUUCCAGCAGGAUCCAACACUCAAUCUCUUGAUUCCCGUUCCCCGGCCUACUCCGAGAGCCAGAGUACCGGAGAGGAAUCAAAUAUUGGACCUGGUAAUCUUAAAGGUGCUCUGUCAACUCCUUCGAUCUCCAGUGACUGCCAGCCAUCUCUAAAACAGCAGCAAGGCUAUCGUGCUGCAGAGGCAUACCUCCGCCCGAGUCCAACAUACGUCAAUGGAAAGUUGGAUAGUCACGUUUUCGAUCUCAAGAAUUGCGUGUUUACUCUAUCAUUGACGGCCAAAGGAGCAACUACUGCGAACGCCCCGACCGAAAUAUAUCUUCCGGAGUUCCAUUUCCCAGAGAGUGCCAUCGCUGUUUCAGUCAGCGGUGGCAAGUGGGACAUUGAUGUUAAAGACAUCCAGGGUGUCAAGGUACAGCACCUCCGAUGGUGGCAUGCCGAAGGAGAACAGGAUAUCAAAAUCGAGGGACUCAAACGCAAGCCUGGGGAGUUUGCUAAUCCUGGAGGUGAAGGUAGCGGCUAUGUUGAACAAUGCCAAAAGGGGAAAAUUCUCAGCCCGACAAGUCACCAAUUGUCUUCUGCAAGUCUUCCCUUUCGUGAUCUUAACCUGCGCCAACCCACUGCAUUGCAAAAGUACCAAUUCACAGCUUCAAGUCUACUCAACCUCGAACCACCUUCCCCCCGGAAAGAGCGAGUGGCGCGUGCGGAUGGCCGUUGCGGUGUCCGACUGCUAAACACAGGACAAGUUCAACGGCCAUCGAGUCUUACCCACCCUCUUCCUGACUAUGAGACGCGGUCUACUACUGUGACACCAACACCAAGAGUUUACAUUUUUUAUUCAAUACUUCUGCAACGCGUUAACGAGAUGGCUGCGGAGGAGUUGUCGGAGGGCGGUAUGGCCGAUAUCAUCCGUGCCUUGCAACUCAUUCACAAUCCUACAUCGUCAAAUGAGAUCCGGAGGGAGGCUUCGCAGUUUGUAGAGAGCCUGAAAGAUUCGGAUGCCGCGGCGCGAAAUGGUUUCCUUUUGGCUUCUCGUAUGGAGCAUGAGGCGGUUGUCCGGUACUUCGGUCUUACUCUCCUGGAUCACGUUCUUCGCCAGUACAACUUCACGAAUCCCGACGAAGCCAAGACCCUGCGCAUGAUGAUUUUGCAACUCGCCGAGAACGUCCGCCCCGAAGACCCUGCCUACUUUCGGAAUAAGAUCUCCCAGCUGUGGAGCGAGGCCGCUAAGAAGACCUGGGGGCUGGAUUGGAUGGAUAUGGAUGCCAAUUUGCUUCAGUUCUGGGGUGCAUCUCUCGUUCACAAAGAGCUGGUACUCGCUGUUCUGGAGACCCUUUCUGAGGAUGUCUUUUUCCGAGAAGAUACUGCCUCAUCACUGCGAGGAGGUGAGCUCAAUCGUUCGCUCAUUGAGAUCUUUACCCCCGCAGGGAUCGUAGAGCAAAUUACCGGAGAUAAAAAUGUCGCCACUAUUCCACGCUGUGGGCAAGAGGGCUGGCUCGUUCGAAUCUGCGAAUUUCUCGACAAUUGCGUCCAGAAUAUCUCUAGCUCGGAACAGGCUCGCGAUGCGGCCAUCAAGGCCCUGGCAACUUUGAGAUCUGCUCUAUCAUGGUCCGUUUAUAAGGGUGUUAUUGCCUCCCAGGUUGUCCCCAGCAUUUUCCGAGCGUUGCCUUGUCAAGAUGACCAGGUGCUUCUCGCUGCAGUUGAAGCACUUCAUGCGCUCUACGGAAGAAACACUAUUGGAAGCGAAGACUCGCAAGAGCUAGUCUGCCUGGUCUUUGAGUCAGAAUACCUUGUUGUUCUUCAAAGGCUUUAUGAAUGGUCAAUCGUUGGUCCAGACGAUGUCGAUGAUCCCAAAUAUCUCAUCUCCAAAAAGCUUUCUGAGAUGGUCUCAUAUAUUGCAGGGUGCUUGGAAGAUGCCAAGUUUUUAAUCUCUACAAGGGAUCGUUUGAAUUUGCCGCCAUUCCUGCAAUUCAUGGCCAACAUCAUGCAGCACCAGAGCUUGACGGUCUCCAUACCUUGCUUGCAUCUUUGGUCCAGGCUGUUACAAAACUCAAAAAUUAGUAACCUGGACUUUGUGCUGGAGCAAACUCCUCAGUUCUUGAACAUUUGCACCCAGAGGCUUCUUCGUUGGGAGUCUCUCCCGACCGAAUCCGAUGAUCCCACUGUUCAGUUUUUGGUCGAGGACAUUGAUACCAUUCCAGAGCGGCAUGCCUUUGUUGGCAAUUAUCGCCGUUACUGUUCCUCGAUCAUCGAAACCAUUACCCUCAAGCGGCCCCAAGAAGCGGUGCGUGAAAUUCUGGCCCGGGUGGACACCAACCUCGACAAUUUGUAUAGUGGCGUUCAGCCAUUUAGCAUGCAAACUUUUACGAAAUCCUCGAUUCCUCUCAUGCGAGCGGAUGCUCAAUUUUCAGUGGUAGAGGCUGUCAUCAAGGGCUACAACAAGUGGGUUUCGGCUCAUGGAAAAGCACCCCAGCGUGAUGAGAGUAAACGCAUGGAAUUAGAACAUGCGGUGGAAAACUGGGCGACGACUCUGAUGCAAAGAUCUUUUGAGGAUCCGGUCCUGAAACAGAGAGUCAUCAAAUUGGCUGUCGACAUAUCUUCAAGGGCUUUGGAUAAUCAUCCGGGAUUUGCGCUCAAAGUUCUGGAGCAUAUCCUCAUGUCCCGUCUACCAGACCAGUCUGAAUACCCGUUGUAUUCCGAGGCUGUCAAAGAGCUUCAUGCUUUGACAAGCUCUGAGCUUCGUCGGUUGGCUAUGCGCUAUGCGGACUACUUCUAUACUUUCUAUGAUCUUCUUGAGCCAAAAAUAAAAGAAAUCACGCUGGCUAACCGCAUCGAUGACAAGUUGCAAAUGGAACUGACUUCUAUCUUGGUCAUUAUCAUGCAACGCGCAAUUAAUGUUGAUCCUUAUCUGCGCCAAAAUCGUCUCGCAUCCUUCCUCCAGCCUAUCCGUGACUCAUGGCAAGACGAUCAAUUUCGUCUCAAUAGCUCCACUUUCCCCGGGUUUUGCAGUAUGCUUGGAUUGGAAAAUGUCGGUGCAUACAUGCAAUCUAAACAAGCACAGAAACUAGCGGACUGGUCCGAAGUGGUCUUGGACAACGAAGGAAGGUUGGUCCAAGAAGAGAUGACCAGGAAAUUCCAGCUGUUGCCAUUGCGUAGCACCAAGACUAUGUUGGCUGUUUCCACGGAUCGAGUCAAGAAGUCUUCGCCAGCUUAUGCGACCGCCUGCGAGAUGUGGCAUGAACUGAUCCCUGUGAUUCUUCCCACUUUGCUGCAGCUUGUUAGACACGCCCAUGCCUUCCACAAUCCUGCCAAUUGGAAUAUGGUCGAAGGCAUGCAACCAGUGGUUGAACGUAUCCUCACGGAUCGAUUUUGGCAGGCUGGUAUUUCUAUCGGCAGCCGCGAUGAGUUCUACGCCAGAAUCACAUCAUCGAAGUCUACGCUGGAAGGGUUUGCAUCAUCCGUUCGAGGAAAAGUCCGAGCUGUCCGCGAAGCAUGCUACUCCAUGCUGUUCAGCAUGAGCAGGAUGCGAGAGCACUUUUAUGGAUUUGCCGAACUCCCAGGUCCCCUAUCCGAAGCCCUGUUCGUUGACUCACCACAUCUGUCUUCUCACCAGUUCUCGGUUCUUCUCAACAUCUCGCGAUGUCUAAUUGAUGACUGCCCCGUGCAAUUCCGGAGCCAAUUCUUGCCCCCCAUGCUAUCGACUCUCUUCACCAACAUUGAUAGGAAAGUCACCACAGAAUGGGAAAUCAUCGAGCAGCGCAGAAACGGAAUUUCGGAUGGCGAUCUCACCACAGAGAUGAAGUCCGAAAGCGUCCUUCGACAGCUGACUUACUCUGCUGUGAUCAUGGUUGCGAGCCUAUUCGAUCCACAACGAGGCGGUAAAAACUCCCUGACCCGUCCGCUAUACAAAAACCUAAACCAUCUCAUACUGACGGAACGUGACCCCCCAGACCCAGAAGGGGCUGAAUCGGACCCCAGUGCACCUCAGCCGACCCCGAACACCUCUGACUCUAUUCGCCAUUUCGUUCUCUCCUCCCCCGCGAUCUUUGAGCCAAUCAUGCUCUUCUGCACGCACGCUCUUCGUAUGCGCGAUACGCGUAGCGGUAGCAUUAUCACCCGCGUCAUUCGGUCAAUUUUACAAGACUUUGUACCCGCGAACGAUACCCAGGACACACAAACGAUCGCGACCAUCCGCGAGUUCAUAUGUACUGAUGUCCUCACAGCAUGCAUUUCGUCCGUACAUGAAUCAUACUUUGUCGAUAUGCAAAAGGACCUCGCUCAGCUAAUUGCAUCAAUUUGGUGUCUCUAUGGCUUCUGUAGCGAGACACCUCGUGCUGUUUUCCUGAGCUUGCCUGGAAUCAGCGCAGAGAAAGUGGCCCAGACCGAGUCUGCACUUCAUCAAACUACCUCGCCAAGGACACAGCGCGCAUUGGUCUUGGAGCUUCUUGAGCCACUGCGCGGCAUCAGUGUUGCCGAGCAGGGAAAGAUGCUGGGUUCGCGCGAGGAACGUCGGAAGGCCCGUUCAGCAUUGCAGGAGAGGUACAUGACCAAUGAGAUGGAGACUCAGCAGCAGACUCACCGUGUCGAUAUUAAUGAUGGUCCCGAUCUUGGUGGGGUGGCUGAUCUAUUCGGAUAG